CACCUCCGGAAGUAGCCAGAUGUUUACAAAUCCGUAGACACUUAAGGGUAAGCUAUCAUUGCUGUGCGAAUGAGUAAAACACGCAAAUUUAAUAGCUAUAUCUGUGAGAUGUUAAUAAUUGUCUAAACUAUUCCUUUAGAAAAUUGUCAUAAAACGCAAUCAACCCAUUACUCAUGUAGUCCUAGGACAGGUGUUGUUAGUUUGUUCUCGAGGGAUUCAUUUGCCUUAACUAACUAGCUAGCUAGAAGUGUAACGUUAGUAAGCGUUAAUAGGUACGAUAGCUAGCCGAGCUAGUUCAAAGCUAGUCAACGUUAUAUAACGUUACCUGGCUAGGGUUCAACUGUCUUGGAAGUAAUGUUAGUCUUUACCAUCUGCAAAGUUAACGAUCGGGUUUACAAGUUUAGUUGUUGCUAGCUAAUUUGCUAACAUCGUAGCUAGCUAAGGAUGGCAAUGUUUCAAAUCUUUCAAAUAUAGCUAAGGUUUAACUUAAAUGUUUAUGUUAUUUCUACGGCUGUAUUAUGCCGAUGCAACUUAUUUUUUAAUUGGGUAACAUUAAUACUGGAUUGCACUCAACUAAGACAAUAUAUAGGUGAAUUGAUUAUAGCUAAUGUAUGAGGAUUGUGGAGUAGGAAAGGACCGUGGAUAGAUCGCUAAAAGUCCUGUGUCGCGUAGCCUAGUGUGCAGUCACAACUUGGAUGAAAUGUGAGUUGUUUUUUCUUUAGUCUUUCUUGCAGCACGUUUCUACGUGUACCUCAGAAUGCCCCUUUUUGGCAAUACGUUCAGCCCCAAGAAGACGCCACCUCGGAAAUCCGCAUCUCUCUCUAACCUCCAUACAUUGGAUCGGUCCACUAGGGAGGUGGAAUUAGGUCUGGAGUAUGGAGCCCCUGUAAUGAAUAUUGGUGGUCAGAGCUUGAAAUUUGAAGAUGGACAAUGGAUUACAGAGUCAGGAGGUACUGUGUCAAACAAGGAGGUACAGAAAUUGAAGAAGAGGAAUCUGCAGUUGGAAGAAGAAAAUAAUCUUCUAAAGCUUAAAAUUGAUAUUCUCUUAGAUAUGCUGUCGGAAACCACAGCAGAGUCACAUGUAAUGCAAAAGGAAUUGGAGGACAUGAAGAAUCAUUACAAACGAAAAAAGUGACGGGAAGAAUAAAAACGGGACUUUCAUUAUGAACAUUGCAUGGAAGUUUAUAGGUUGUUCCUAGAAAUUAUUUGUUGUACUAUUCAAAUAUCAUGGAUAUUUUAGAAGUAGUGAUAUAAAAGAUUUUUUUUGGAAGACUUUGUUGUAUAGCUGGAUGCUUGUCUGUGUUCAUAUCAGAUAUGCCGAUGUGGAACCUGAGUAAAGUGUUAUUUUGGUGACAAUCUGAACACAGCAUUAUUUUCUUAUUUGUUUUUUUGCUUUUCUUUUGUGAUAUUUGACAAUUUACAAAGAUUUGAUUAGAUUUUUUAAAUGAUUUGAAUGUCUUUAUUUGUUGCAGUUACAGUGGCUAAUGGUAUUUUUAACUUGUUUUUUCUCCUAAUGCAUAUUAUCUUUAAAUCAACAGCCACCUUGCAUCUAUUGAGGGUUAUUUGGUUAUUUUAGUCUUUUACACAUAGGCCCAGAAUGUGAAAUAUGGAUAUUUAUAUGCAGUCAGUUCUUUGACUUUUGUCUCACUGUUUGCUCAUUAUUAUUGUGUGUUUGUUUUAUUAUUGAUGUCAUUAAUUCUAGAUGUGAAAUAAUGCAUUAACAUGAUAGUGCUGCAAUGUAUGAAAACCUAAUGGGGGAAAAACAGUUCUCAGUUCAGUUUAGGAAGACCAAAUGAAAUACCUGUGUGAGCAUAGGUUUUGUCCGUGUCACAAUAUGAACAAGAAACCACGGAGAUGCAUGUACAGGCCAGUUGGAGUACUGCCAUCAUGAUAUUAACACAUACACAGAAUACCUGUGUGCUGAUAUAAUAAUACAUACGAUUAUUUAGGAA